ACCCACACAACUUUUUGUUUUUUGUUUUUUAAUUUUUAAUUUUUCAUUUUUCAUUUUUUUCCCUUCUUUUUCUUACUUCCUUCCUAAAAAGCCCUUAAAGAUAACAAGAUUAUUUAUCGCCUUUUUCUUUUUAUUUGGUAAACCUGUUUUGCGGGUCCUGAUCACAUCACAAUCACAAUUGUCUUUUUCUUUUCUUUUCUUUUCUUUUCUCAUUUUUCUAUUAUUUUUAUUUGUCUGAAUUAAUCCUUUAUAUAAGGGGUAAAAGAGAGAAUUGCUGUCUAUGAUCAAUAUAUUUAUUAUUAUUAUUAUUAUUAUUAUUAUUAUUUAUUCCUUUUAAAAAAUAAAGUUCUUAAUGAAUUUGUCAAGUGGGGUUUGAAGUUUUGAUGCUUCAUGCUGGCAUUUUGUCCAAACUCUUUGCACAAAAAAACGCACAUACACACACAGAUUUGCAAAAUACAUGACAAGAGUUAUUAACAAUGUGGUGGGGAUGUGUGAAUUUUGUUUUAUUAGGCAACCACUGCCGGUAAAUGUAAAUAUAUAUAUAUAUUAUUUAUAUAUUACUAAUAUAAUUUAUUGUGCAUAUAUAUAUAUAUAUUGAAAUAAAGAAGUGGUAAAAAUGUCGAACAUAGAAGGGCAAAAGAGGAAGAGUGCUCGCAUUUCAGCACUUGAGACAGCCGCCCACAAAGACCAGAGAAACAGACAGACAGGAGGAGAAGCUUCUCAGAGGAAUGCAACACCUGCAUCAGCGCCUCCGCCGCCGUUCCGACCUACAGUCUCUGCGGGCUCCGGUAGCGGUGGUCAGAAGGAGAAGAGGCUCGACGAGGUCGCUGGUUCUUCUACUGCUCCUACAACUCGACAGGAUGGUGAAAACCCAAAACAUGAAGAUAGUCAUGCUAGUGGCGCAAUUUCGCCAUCUGCACAGCAGAUGCCCGGGAAAGAUAAACUUGAGUUUCUCCUUGAUAUAUUGCAAAGGAGAGAUACACAUGAAAUAUUUGCUCAGCCAGUUGAUGGAGAAGAGGUGGAGGGAUACUAUGAUACUAUUAAAGAGCCAAUGGAUUUCGGCACCAUGAGGGCUAAACUUCAGGAAGGAAUGUAUACUACCCUGGAACAAUUUGAGAAGGAUGUAUUUCUAAUAUCCAGCAACGCGAUGCUUUUUAAUUCAUCCACGACCAUCUUCUUCAGACAGGCCCGUGCUAUACAUGAGCUGGCUAAGAGGGUCUUUCAUACUCUCAAAACAGAUCCAGGAAGAAUUGAAGAUGAGUUCUCACAUACAAGAAAAAGACCUGGUAGGAAACCCCAAGGUGAAGCUGGACCUUCACGCACUAGGCCUGCUAAUCUUAGGAGAAAUGCCCAAGCAUGCCGUGGGUCAUCUAGUUCAGAUCCUCUUGCUGACCAAAGGGAUAAUGCAGUUCUUCCUGGGUCUGGAGAUGGUGGAAAUGUGAAAUUCUGCCAAACAGAAAGGCGUCAAACUUAUAAGUCUCGGUCUUCUUUAGUCACCCAGAACGAGCCCAUUAUUUCCAUAGUUUAUAAUUGCUCGAAUCAACUUGUCCCUGGUGAUGGAGGUCUGGGUUACAAAGAAAGUUUGCUCCAGUUUGUUAAACAUUUGGGUCCAACAGCUCAAAUGGUGGCACAGAGGAAGAUAGGAUCUAUGACAGAGGCUCUAAUAUAUCAAUCCCAGAAAUCUAGCAAUUCAGUCGAGUACAAAGAUUGUCUGAUUUCUUUAACAACUGCGCAACAGGGACCUGUUAUCGAAAAUCAAAUGCCUAGUAUCUUUGGCAACAGGCCUGGUCAUUUGGUUAUAAUUAGAGAUGCCAAUGACAGAUUGGGCAUCCAUGCUGCUACUCUUAAAGGGAAAACUGUUGAACCCAGUGGCCUGAUGGAUAUUCAUGGUGCUGCUGCAAGUGAACAUACAGAUAUUCAUUACGCUGCUUCAAAAGGUAAAAAUGUUUUUACUGGUGAGGGGAUGGAUAUCUUCCGUCACCCUAGUAGAGGAAUGAAAGCUUAUGCAAGUGACAGAGUGAAUAUUGACCGUGCUUCAAAGGGAAAAAUUGUUCAAACUUGUGAGGGCAUGGAAAUCCAUAGUGGCACUAGCAGAGAUUGGAUGGCUCCUCAUGGUGCUACUUCCAAAGGAAAAAAUGUCGUCAUUGGCAGUAGCAUGGACAUCUAUGGUGGCACUUGUGGAAAAAACCUGAACGUUGCAAGGAACAGUGGUGCGCUUUCGAGGCUAAUGGUUCAGCCAGGGGAGAACACGAGUCUCUUGCUGCAAGCUGCUGGGGAAGAUAUUAAUGCUAGGAUCGCAGAGCCCUGUGGGAAGUACAUGACAGCUGAUACAAAGGUGGAUUCGAGCCAGUUGGGUGAUCAGAUCCAGCCAAUUCAGUGGGCAUCCGGAUCACAAUCAGGACUGCUCGAAUUCCUGUCUAGAGGCUAUCGACGCCCAAGAUCACUUGUACACCCUUCAGAAGUGAUCAUGCCACUGAAUUCGAGUCAGACCGACACGCUUUUGCAUGCCUUGGACUCACAUUCCCUGAGCGGAGUGGAGCAAAAUAACUCUCAGCUGAUUCAUAAUUUCUGCUCCACUCAGGUGAGUCAAGCGAUGGAAUGGAGUUUACCAACACCUUGGGGUCCACAGGCAAUCUGUGAUUUUCCGGAUGUACAACAACAGCCUGUUUCAGUUCCCCACAUGCAGGCUGAGGAGGUGAAUCCGUUGGGCAACAACACUUUUCUGCAGCAGCAGCUUGCAUUGGCUGGUAACAUGCAACCACAGCCCAAUGCGAUUAAUUUGUUGGGCCAGGAUACAUUUGCUCAAGGAGCACAGCUCGGAAUGGUUCCUAGCAUGCACCUUCAGCCUAGACAUGCAAACCCAUUAGACCAGGAUGUAUAUGUGAGGCAAGACACCCAGCUAGCGUUGGAUCAGCACAUGCAACCGGAGCAUACUGGCAUGAAUUUGUUGUGCCGGAACACGUUUCUUCAGCAAGGAGGGCAGUUUGCAGUGCCGCCUCAAGGGCUAGUGUUCAAUGCCGGAAAUGUCCAUGAGAGAGCUCCACAAGGCCAUCAAGCAGGGACUAAUGCACAAUUACUUUGGAAUUUUCAGCAGCAAGCCUUGAUGGAUCCACACCACCCCAAUUUGAAUCUUCAGUUGUGAGAUGGGGCUAACCAGACUUGCUGCAUUUGGGUGCAACGGGCUAGUGCAUCAUUUACAAGUGGGUUAGUAAAUGUAGAUUCUAGGGUUCAAUUUGUGGGGCUAUUGGAACGUCCAGUCAUGUUGAAAUUGGGCUCGUAAUUAUACUCUCAAUUUAUAUAUUAUAUAUAUCACACUCCAUUUGCAUGGAUACACAUUCAGAGUCUGUUUGAUCAUCAGGGCUAACAGAGUAUCUUGCAUUCAUUCUUUGGUAAGGUGUU